AUGCACCAACAGCAGCAGCAGCAACAACAGAACCAGCAGAUGCAGCAGAAGAAUCAGCAACUGCUGCAGCAACAAAACCGUCAGCAACAGCAAAUUCUAUGCCCAUCCUCCCAAGUGCCGAGCAGCGGUCAGCAACAACCCGGUGCCAAUAACCCGGCUCUGUCUAACAUUCAGAAACAGCAAAGCAGUCAGCAAACUGCUCACAGUUAUCAGGGAAACAGAUCUGUGGAAAAUGUGGCAGAAAGACUGGCACCAACUCAAGUUCAACAAGAUAUACCAUUUAAUAAACCAGAUGUAUCGACUGGACGUGGCAGUAACUACAAUUCCGCCUCGCUGGACGUCGAGCAAAGAUUGAACUUGGGAAGAAACAUUUCAAACUUGUCAAACAUCGUUGACAGAUACAGUAACGAACAAAGAAUGAUGGCGGGCUUGCAGUCGUCAGCCGGUGCAUACUACAGCGAUAAAAAUCUAAGCACGCAGCACAUGUUCAAUAAAACCAUGUCUUCGGCAUCGCAGAUAUUUAGCCAGGCAAAUAUGGCCGGUAUGACCAGUUACAGCCAGCCUAUGGCCACUUCGGCGGCCUCUAUAUACAGCAGGCAAAUGAACGAACUACAAGCUCAUCAGGCUCAAGGCGAAAUAAAGGCGAGCAGCGUGCCUGCCGCGGUUCCCGAAAAGAAGAGCAGGAAGAAGAAGAGCAGCAACAAGGCUGCCGCAGCAAGCCAAGAUAAUCAACUGAGCACCACGUCCCAAGCCUCCUCGUCGACCCAAGCCGCGCAGGGAUUUCAAUCGUACGCAGGUCUGAAGGCGCCGGCAUCCACCGGAACCUCCUCGGCCUCCAACCUCGAACCGGGAGCGAUUUCGCUGAAGACCUCGAGCGUGGUGCCGGAAGCGCGUUCAACUUCGGUCCGGGAACCCCCGGAGCGCUGGGACUCGGAUCCGGCCUGUACGGGCGAGUCGAAUUUCCUGGACGAGUUCCGGUCCGCCUCCCCAACUUCUACAUGGCGGCCGCCGCGGCUCAUCACCGCUCCACGCCGGAGAAUCAGACGGCUGGGAAGCGAGCGGCACAGAGCGGCAACGCCGCCGCGCAGAAUUACCCGUCGUUCUUGA